CUUGGCAACGCCAAUCCGAUGCUCUAAUCUCAAAUCUCCGGUCUUCCCCACGCUGAGCCCCCUCUCUCACUCUCUCUUCUCGCCCUGCCGCCGCCGCCGCCGGCUCUCGCCGAUCUUCUUCCGGCAAGCUCUCUGCCGUUUUUGGUUUUUCGGUUCACUCUCAGCUCUCUCUCUCUCUCUCCGGCUAACAAAGGAUCCCGAUCAUAAUAAUCUUGCACAAGGCUCUGCUACUAAAUAAGUUGGGUCUCUGCUAGGGUUGCACACAGGUUAGAAUUGGGCAUCUUUGAACUCAGAGGCAAACAUUCAGAGAUAUGGCGAAUCAAGGUGCAAAGAAGCGUAGGGAAGAGAAUGCUCGACACAUGAAGAAUCUCCAGCGCCUCAUCAUUGCCUGCAAUGUUAUCUUUUUCUUGGUAAGGAUGCUGAUCUUCCAUUCAACUUUCACCUGGAAGCAUUGGAUUGGUCUGGUUCUCACAUCUGUGGCUUAUGCAAUUCCCUAUCAACAAAUUGCCAAUAUGGCUCAACCUAGUUAUGAUGAUAAUGGGGAGCUUCUUGAUGGCGGGUUUGAUAUGAGUACUGGUGGAGUUUGUGGCUAUUUACAUGAUAUAAUUUACAUUACGAGCUUCGUACAAGUCAUGUCCAUCAUCUCUGCAAAAUUUUGGUAUAUAUACUUGGUGAUACCAGCAUUUGGAGGAUAUAAAUCUUUUGGUUUCAUUAGAGGAUUCUUGUCACAAGGUUCAGAGGGAGACACGGAGGAUGAAAAGACCCGCAAGAAGAGGGAAAAGAUGGAGAAAAGGGCAUCUAGGGCCAAGUUUGUCAAGACCAGAACUAGGUAGUCUACUUUUGACAAAUAUAAAUUAGUUACGGGGUAGCCAAUGAGCUUUAACUUAAUUGGCACCUCCUCCCCUUGCAAAUUCUAGAGGUGCAGUACGAGAUCAUGGGUUCAAAAUCCACUGGUGUGUGUAACUUACCAAUCAAAAGAACCUAUGAAUUCUGUCUUCUCUUCCUAGCAAUGAGCAAGACAUGGCUACACUUAAAAAUUUUAUAAUACUGGGUAGAAAUUGGACUUUCUGGUCCCAAUUUGAAUUA